AUGAACACGCAGCCUCAGACCCGCUCGCCGCCCAGCAGAGCAGUGCCAAUACAUUGCACAGACAACUGGAAGAGGAGGAAGGUUUUGGAACAGAGUCCGGUUUACAGGUCCCUGGCUGGAAGAGGCUGGAUAAAAUACUGCAUUUUUGCAGCGGGGCCUCGACCUGCCCAUCACCAGGGAGGAUUCAGACCUAUACAGUUUUUUCAGAGGCCUCAGAUCCAGCCUCCACGAGCCACCAUCCAGAACAGCAGCCCUUCCAUCCGUCCUGGUGCGCAGACCCCCACGGCGGUGUAUCAAACCAACCAGCACAUCAUGAUGGUUAAUCACCUGCCAAUGCCCUACCCGAUGCCUCAGGGCCCCCAGUACUGUAUACCACAGUAUCGUCACAGUGGCCCUCCGUACGUCGGGCCCCCACAGCAGUACCCCGUUCAGCCACCAGGACCAGGACCCUUUUAUCCAGGACCAGGUCCUGGAGAAUUCCCCAAUGCCUACGGAACACCUUUCUACCCAAGUCAGCCAGUGUAUCAGUCAGCACCCAUCAUAGUGCCUACACAGCAGCAGCAGCCUCCACCAGCUAAAAGAGAGAAAAAAACGAUCCGAAUCCGGGAUCCCAACCAGGGAGGCAAAGAUAUAACAGAAGAAAUCAUGUCUGGGGGGGGCAGCAGGAACCCAACGCCUCCCAUCGUGAGACCCACUUCCACACCGACUCCACCUCAGCAGCUGUCCAGCCAGGUCCCCGAGCACAGCCCUGUGGUCUAUGGGACUGUGGAGAGCACCCACCUCGCUGCCAGCACCCCUGUCACUGCGACUAGCAACCCGAAGCAAGAAGAGAAGCCAAAACCAGACCCAGUAUUAAAACCUUCUUCUCCAGUCCUCAGACCAGAACCUGCUGGGGAGAAGAAAGAUCAAGCUGGCCAGACGACCGAGGCCACCUCAGUGGAAACCCCACCAGAACUUCCUCUUGCUCCAUCGCCAACCCCGGCUGCUCCCGUCGCAGUUGUUCCUGCUUCUGCCACUGCUGCUGUUGUCACCGUUUCUAGUAAACCCACAUUCACAGCUGACUCAGAGGAGAAAUGUGAACUGGCUUCCCCAAAAGAGGAGGCAAUGCCUAUAUCCAAUGCCACACCAUGCACGGACACAUCAGACCCUUUGCCAGCAGAAGAGGCUGAUGCCGAGGUGUGCGAGGAGCCUAGUAGUGUAGCAUCUAGUGAUAUUCCAGUGACUGCUAGUACUAAUCUAAUUAAUGAGGUGAAUGGAGUUAGUGAAAAGGUAACUGCUGCAGAGAGCGUAGUAGAUGUAGCCCAGACAGAAGCUGCACCAUUGACUGUUGAGUUGGAGACCCCUGAAGCACCUCCAGCAGAAGUGGAAAGCGUGCCAUCUUCCAGUGCUCUUCACGCUGCUCCCUCUCCUCCUCCCACUCCACCUCCCACCCCUCCACCACCAUCUCCUCCCAGUUCGGUUGCUGCUGCUGCUGUUACCACUACAACUCCUUCUCCACCUCCUCUCCCAUCUCCUAGUGCCCUCCCUGUUGUCCAGGGAGAUUUAGAAGGAGAGGAGAGCACAAGAACUACUCUUAGCGAAGAGGUAAAAGAUACUGAAAAGAAGGAAGAGACAGAAGCAGAUGGGCAACUGGAGGAGAGCACGGAGGCUCCAAGUUUAAACUUGAGCAAGAGUCCUGUCCCAGCCCAAACUGCUCUAACUGCACCAAAGACGUGGAAGAAACCAAAAGACCGGACCCAAGCCACUGAGGAGGCGAUUGAGGAGGAAGCAGAGCCUAAAGCAGAAGAGGAACUUUCAGGUGACAAAGUACUUGAAUCCGACCAGGAGAAAAUGAGCCAUGGGUUUCAACUGGAGAGAGACCCCUCUGAGCUUAAAAAAGUGAAACCUGUGGAGGAAAACGGAGAGCAGGAGGCGGAACCCGUGCGGAACGGUGCCGAGAGCAUUUCCGAGGGAGAAGGAACUGAAGCAAACUCGGGCUUCACCGAGAGCUCUGGCGAAGGGCCCGUGUACCAGUAUAAACCAGAGCAGUGGAAGCCCCUGGACCCAGAAGGGAAGAAGCAGUACGACAGGGAGUUCCUGCUGGAUUUCCAGUUCAUGCCUGCCUGUAUCCAAAAGCCAGAGGGGCUGCCUCCCAUAAGCGACGUGGUUCUCGACAAAGUGAGAGGAGAACCAAUAAAACAGGUCAAUCAGCCAAAACUGCCACUGAGAACUCUGGACCCCCGGAUACUGCCUCGAGGACCAGACUUCACACCAGCCUUUGCUGAUUUUGGGAGGCAAACCCCCGGGGGAAGAAACGUGUCUGGAAGUUUGUUGAAUGUUGGACCGAGGAGAUCGCAGCCAGGCCAGAGGAGAGAGCCCAGGAAAAUCAUCACUGUGUGUGUGAAGGAGGAUGUGCACCUGAAGAAGGCAGAGAACGCCUGGAAGCCGAGCCUGAAGAGAGAAAACCAAACCGAGGACCCAGAGAAUGUCAAAACCCAGGAGCUGUUCCGCAAGGUACGAAGCAUCUUGAACAAGCUGACACCCCAGAUGUUCAACCAGCUCAUGAAGCAAGUGACAGACCUGACGGUAGACACAGAAGAGAGGCUGAAAGGAGUCAUCGACCUGGUCUUCGAGAAGGCCAUCGAUGAACCCAGCUUCUCGGUGGCCUACGCCAACAUGUGCAGGUGUCUUGUAACGCUGAAGGUGCCCAUGGCAGACAAACCCGGGAGCACGGUGAACUUCCGCAAGUUGCUGUUAAAUCGCUGCCAGAAGGAGUUUGAAAAGGACAAGGCUGACGACGACGUCUUUGAAAAGAAGCAGAAAGAACUUGAAGCUGCAACCACUCCAGAGGAGAAGACGCGGCUCCAUGACGAGCUGGAAGAGGCCAAGGACAAAGCCCGACGGAGAUCCAUUGGGAAUAUAAAAUUCAUUGGUGAGCUUUUCAAACUGAAGAUGCUGACGGAGGCCAUCAUGCAUGACUGCGUGGUGAAGCUGCUGAAGAACCAUGACGAGGAGUCCCUCGAGUGCCUUUGCCGCCUCCUGACCACCAUUGGCAAGGACCUGGACUUUGAGAAGGCAAAGCCUCGCAUGGACCAGUACUUUAAUCAGAUGGAGAAGAUUGUGAAAGAGAGGAAAACGUCUUCAAGGAUUCGGUUCAUGCUUCAGGAUGUGAUAGACCUUAGGCUGUGCAACUGGGUGUCGCGGAGAGCAGACCAGGGCCCCAAGACCAUCGAGCAGAUUCAUAAAGAAGCCAAGAUUGAAGAGCAAGAGGAGCAGAGGAAGGUCCAACAACUCAUGACCAAAGAGAAGAGGAGACCGGGUGUCCAGCGGGUCGAUGAAGGCGGUUGGAACACUGUGCAGGGGGCAAAGAACAGCAGAGUGCUGGACCCCACCAAGUUCCUUAAAAUCACCAAGCCCACAAUAGACGAGAAGAUUCAGCUUGUGCCUAAAGCCCAGCUGGGCAGCUGGGGAAAGGGCAGCAGUGGUGGAGCGAAGGCAAGCGAGAUGGACUCCUUACGACCAAGUGCCACGAGUUUGAACAGGUUUUCUGCGCUGCAGCCUCCAGUGUCAUCUGUAUCUGCCUCAUCUCCAUCUUCAGAACUAGAUUCUCGCAGGGCCUUAACUAGUCGCGGGAGCACGGGCAGGGAGAAGAACGACAAACCUCUGCCACCUUCCCUCUCCCGUCCCAACACCUUCCUGCGGGGCAGCAGCAGUAAAGAGCUGCUGCUCGACAAUCAGGCACAGGAGGAGCAGCGGAGGGAGAUGCUGGAGACAGUGAAGCAGUUGACAGGGGGCAUGGAGAUGGAUAGAAACAGCACAGAGGCAGAGAGGAACAAAGCCAAGGAGUCUG